AUGUGGCAGUUAAUGUGGCGCAAUGGCGCGCGCUUCGUCUUGGGCUCGACAGCUGCCGGGGCGGGCGGCGUCACGUACGCGGCGCACUCGGACGAGGGCUUCAACCGCUCGCUGUACUUUUGGCGCAAAGCGUUUCCCAUCUACUUACACUAUCGCGCCGCCAAGUUGUGGAUGGACCACCUCGAACUGUCGAUCGAGCAGCAGAAUAUCGAGUAUGAGAGGUUGCACGACAAGUACGCGCCCGAGGUGUUUGAUAUUGUUUUGGAGCUCAAGGGGUUUUACGUCAAGUUGGCCCAGACAGGUUCGACGCGACCAGAUGUUUUACCGAAACAGUAUCUGGACCGCGCAGCGAAACUUCAAGAUGACGCGCCGUCAAAGCCUGUGGCCGAGAUUUGUGCGAUUAUUGAACAGAGUUUUGGAAAACCCGUGGACCAGUUGUUUCGGUCGAUUGACCCGCAGCCGCUGGGCGCCGCGUCGAUUGGUCAAGCGCAUCGAGCGGUGUUACUGGAUGGACAAGAAGUGGCUGUGAAGGUGCAACAUCCGGAUGCAGAGACGUUUUUCCGCUGGGAUAUCAAGACGAUUCAGGACUUUUGCCGGUUCUUCCAGCCCGUGCAUCUGCCGUUCCUUGUCGAGGUCGAGAAGCAGUUUAUGACGGAGUUUAAUUACAUUGAAGAAGCCAAGAACUUGGACACGGUGCGAAGGAAUAUCGCACAUAGUCCGUAUGCUGCGAAAGUAGCGAUUCCGGAACCAAAGAUGGAGUAUUGUACGAAAGAGGUCUUGGUGAUGGAGUUUUUGAAAGGACGGAAGCUGUUGGAAGGCAUUCAAGACCAUUUUGAAGCGAUUGCAGCCGAUAAAGGAGUGACGGUAGAGUUUCUGAAGCAAAAUCAAGACCGUGAGGAUCAGGAACGGCACGCAAGAGGAUUGGAUAUCGAGACAGGACCGUCGUCGUUCCAGUUGCGUGUCUAUAGCUGGACUCUUGGCGCCAAACGUCUGGCAAGGCGUGUGGGGAAAGGCGUGUACGACUACACGCUGGGCUUUGUUGCUCCGGUCGAGUGGUCACCUCGAGAAGACGAGGAGCACGAGUUGCUGAAUUUGCCGGAGAUCUUGAAGUUGGUGAUGGAUGUUCACGGGUACGAGAUUUUCGUCAAUGGAUCGUUCAAUGGAGAUCCACAUCCUGGAAACAUCUUGCUGCUCGAGGAUGGGCGCCUUGGCCUCAUCGAUUAUGGCCAGGUGAAGCACAUCUCGAAAGAGCACCGGGUGCACCUUGCAAAACUGAUUGUGGCACUUGCAAGCGGGUCACGGGACGACAUCAUUGACGUGCUGACAAAGGACAUGCGCAUCCGGACGACAAACAUGGAUCCGUAUUUUCUGGAAAAACAAGCUCGACUGAUGAUCGACAAUGACGACCGCACGGUCACGGAAGGCAUGAACCCCCAGCUCUUUCUCGAGCGCUUGCACACGAUUGACCGGAUCGAGUACAUCCCGGACGAGUACGUGAUGGCGUUCCGCUGCUCGUUGUUGCUGCGUGGCUUCAGCUAUCUCCUGCAUUACAAGUUUUCGCAUGCUAAAAGCUGGGAAGGAGUUGCGCGACAGGUGCUGCGCGAAGUCGAAGGGGAGAAAGCUCACGGGUCUGCGCAAGCCACAGCUCUGUAG